AUGUUUUCACACAGAAAUGGAGUAUGGGGUUUGAUAACACUGAACCCAGUUCAUUUGUGCUUGGACAUUUAUGCAAUCCACAACACUAACAUUAUAAUGGAAGGAGUGCUCUAUGAUGUCGUAGACGAUGAAGGUGUCAAUGUUGUUUAUGUAGCUUUCAAGAAUGCCACUGAUCAGUUGGAGGUGUUGAUCUUCCCGGGCAUUCGGGUUCUCUGGACAAAGAUGGAUCUAGAGAAGGUGUUGUUGAAGGAGAGAUUAUCGAUAAUAGUAAGAAGAACGAGGGAUGCUUUUUUAUCAAGUUUUUGUGCCUUUAAUGUCGUUGAAACUUUGUAA